AUGGCUCCGCAGCCAGAGAAGAGCCAAUUGAAGCGUCAGCGCGGCUCGCUGCCAGAAGACGAGACAGAGACCAAGAAGCCUCGCAGAACCGAGCGCCUUGCGGUUGACCCAGACAAGACACCUGUUGUUAACAAACAACAUCUUCCAUCCCCUCUCACACACCUUACCGAUGACUCUAGCGAGCUCAACAAGGACUCUACCGUGACUCCUCCGGAAAAGAAGGAAACCGAGAGUACCCCCAAGAAAUCUGAAGACAACUCACAGAGCCAAGCGCUGUCCUCUCCUCCUCAAGACACGCAGCCGUUAAGCCAGUUCGUCGAUCGCCACUCCGCCAUUUCAGAUGAUAUUGAAGAUGAGAUUCGCGAGGGUGUUUGGGGAUACCUUGUUCCUUUGGAUCCGAAGUACGGCGAUAAGCCCAUCGUGUUGAAGAAGCGAAGCGCAUGUCCCCUGCCAGACACAGUUUCCGAUGCGGCGAAGAAGGAGAACAAGAACAACACCAAUGACAAGAACGGCAAGUCGGCGGCGAUGAGAGAUGAAGAGACUUUUGAGAAGAAGAAGGAGAAGGGCGCCCCUUCCGGCGGUUAUCUGAUCGGGCGGCACCCCGAGUGUGAUAUUGUCGUUAACGAUGGCAUUGUAUCGAAUAGACAUUGCCUACUUUUCACUGAAAAUAAGGGCAAUGACACAGUGGCAAUCGUCGAAGACUUGUCAAGCAACGGCACAUACGUCAAUGAGGCCAUUGUGGGACGAAACCAACGUCGUGAGCUGGAGGAGCAGGAUGAGAUUGCGGUCCAUGGCAAGGCGCGCUUCGUCUUCCGGUACCCCCAGACUCGCCAAACCAGCGCUUUCCUACAACAGUAUACUCUUCUCGAGAAACUUGGCAAGGGCCAUUUUGCGGAGGUCUACCUUUGCGUCGAGAAGACAACUGGGCAACGUUUUGCUGUCAAAAUCUUCACAAAGCACCCUGGAGUUGAGGACCGCUCCAAAACGGAGGGCCUGCAACAGGAGAUCGGUGUUCUGAUGGGCGUCAGCCACCCUAAUGUCCUUUGUCUGAAGGACACGUUUAACGAAAGAGAUCGCGUCUAUCUGGUGCUCGAAUUGGCGCCAGAAGGAGAGCUUUUCAACUUCAUCGUGAUGAAGCAGAAGCUCAGCGAAGAUGAGUCCAGGAAGUUGUUCGUGCAACUUUUCCAGGGCAUAAAGUACUUGCACGAACGCAAUAUUGUGCACCGCGACAUCAAACCGGAGAACAUCUUGCUGGUAGAUAAGAAUCUCCACGUGAAGCUUGCAGAUUUCGGGCUGGCCAAGAUCAUCGGAGAGGAAUCAUUCACAACCACUCUAUGUGGCACUCCCAGUUACGUCGCACCAGAAAUCCUCGCCGACUCUAAACAACGCAAGUACACGAAGGCUGUCGACGUCUGGUCAUUGGGAGUCGUUCUUUACAUCUGCUUGUGUGGUUUCCCGCCAUUCUCUGAUGAACUCUACUCGCGCGACUUCCCUUUCACACUUUCGCAACAAAUCAAGAGCGGCCGGUUCGACUAUCCAUCACCUUAUUGGGAUUCCGUUGGAGAUCCAGCUCUUGACUUGAUUGACUCAAUGUUGAUUGUCGAUCCUGAGAAGAGGUACACGAUUGACCAGUGCUUGCAGCACCCCUGGCUCACACAGAGCUCUCCCUCCGUCAACGAUAGCACUGGUGGCUUGGUGGGUGGUAUUGCCAGCCUCCAAGUCCAACGAAGAGCCGCUGCUCGUGAACGAACAUUGUUGUCAUCACUUAACACUGUUGAAGUUACCGCACAACUCGACGCUGGCAAGGACAAGCGACCCGUCAAGGUCUUUGCAAAGAACAAGGGUCGCGUCACAAACUUCUCAAAAGAGUCUGAUCCUGCUUCUCGACGAGCACCAGACGAAUUCAUCGAGAUGGGAGGUAAGGGCGACCAAGAACUAUUCCCGGACGAUGACUCGAGCAUUUACCCCACAGGUGACAAUGGCGAGAAGAUCAAGGCAAGCAAGGCCCAGCGAUAA